AUGUUCUCAAAUCCUGGUUUAAAUUUGCCUCGGAUCAAUUUACCUCAGCAAGCAAUUCGACCUGUUUUGGCUCCAGAUGUAUCGAGAUUUGGUUGCAGCAGCUCAUCUGGCACUGUUAAUAUGCUAUCAACGACGAGCGGAAAAGCAGCACGAAAUGUUCCUCCAUUAAUUGUUUCACACAGCACAUCUAAUCUCUCAGCAGUGAGGCCACUACUUCCCGUAUCUAAUUCAUCAGAACAGAUAUCCGAUGUUCAGUGUCAACCAUAUCGAAAUGUUGUUGGUUGUCGAAAACCUUUGUUUUCUGAUAUAGAAAGGUACCAAUGGUCAUCAGCAUCAACAGUCGAAAGGUCGCAAUUUGUAAGAACAUCGGGAAGUAGGAAUAGCCGAUCAUUGCCGAGUCUGAGAGACGUUUCUAGUGUUGCAGUAAAACAGAAUUUACAUAUAAGAGAAGUUGGAGUAUCCGAUGAUACGGUUUGUACGUUAACGUCAGACUGUGGGAUAUCCACUACUGAACCAAUAGAUAUCAGCGAUGAAGAUUUCAAUUAUAUUGGUAAUGAGGAAGAGCACGCAGAACACAAGAGCAAUAAAUGGAACACGACGAAAACACGAUAUAGGAAACGAAGACAUGAACAAUCUAGUAGUGGCGAAAGCGAAUCAGAGCAGGGUAAUUUUUAUGUUCUUGUUAGUUUUUUGACUGAAGGUAAAGACAUCCCUCGUUGGCAGAAGUUGACAAAGGAAGAUUUUGUUGAUACAAUAUUAAGCGAUACGGAUGACGAAAUUGACCAGGUUGAACAGACUGUGGCAAUGAGUGGCUUCCAUUCGCGGAGUGUUCCUGAAGAAAAAUUUUAUUGCAUUAACGAUGUAGGUGAUUGCUGUGCUACCGAAGAAUUGAAAAAGUUACAUAAAAGAUUCAGAAUAGAGAUUAUAGAAAAAAUCGCGAAGGAAAAAGAAAGUCAACCGAAAUCCGAUCCUCCGAAUAUUCUUGCAUUUCAUGACAACUGCAAAUGUAAGUGGAUUUCAUUGUUAGAUUUUUCCAAAGAAACUUCUGUACUUCUAGGUGGUCAUCACUCGGAUACUGAAACUGAAUCAGAAAGUUGUGAUUCCGAUGAUUGUGUUGAUGACAGUGAUGAGAGAAGUGGCAACGUAUCUGUUGACGAACAGCAAACUGAUAGUAAAGAUAAAAUUACUCGUGUAAAAAUGAGUGAAUCCAAAAAGCAUAGUACCGUUGCGAAACAAGAGGUCAUUAGAAAACGUAACCAUCCAGCCAUUCUUCACAGUGAUGUUUGCUUCAAUGAAAUUGGUCAAAUGAAUGAUGGACCAGAAUGUCGCUGUUCAUGGGCAGCUAAAAAAUCCGGCUUACGUCAUAAUAAAUAUGCUGGAGAGACUGUUAUAGAAAAAUGUGAUCUAAGCUCAAGCAAUUCGCAUCGUUUGUGGCACUAUAUACUUUAUACUGAACCUAAUCCAAAUACUGUUGUUCGCCGUUCAACAAAAAUUAACCACCGUGGUAGGACUUAUGAACUGGAAGGCUUUUCUGUUUUUUUUCACAAGUCCCUUCCAUCGAAUUUUCCCCAAACACCAUUGUCAAAAUGGACAAGUGAAUAUAACAUUAAAUUUAUGGAGGAAAAUAUUCCAACGAAUUUUACAAUAGAAGACUUAGAAUUAUUCCAUCAUUAUUUAUUUACCGAUAUUAUGGAAAUGUACGAUUUAAAAAAAUACCCUUUGGAUAACACUGAUGGUUGUCCUUAUUACCAUUGUAUGCCAAGAUUUGUUUACAACCUUUCAGAUGGCGGGAAGGAGAUAUUACCAAUGUCUGUUGUAAUGACUUAUCUGAUUGAGAGCUAUCAUUGUCUUAUGACAGAGUCCGAGGCGCAGAUUCUUAAACAUGAUGCUGAUGCUUUUCGCGAUUUUGCUGAAAAUGUCCGUGGUUCCCUGGUUAUGAAUGCAAGUAAGAGGCCAUCGACAAUUCGGGUAGAUCUCAUUGAUAGGCCAGAUUUUUUGCCCAACAAUUCGGAUACUCUCUUUCCGUUGAUUACUCACUUUGGUGUGAGGCCUUCUUCCCAUACUUAUAAUUCAAAUGCAGAGUAUCAAAAAAUGUCCAAGGAAUACUUGCGAAUGCGCAAAAUUCUUGCAAUGAAGCCACGUGUAAGUGCGGAGGAACGAGGAAAACUUGCACAGAAAGCUUCACAAUUAAAAGCAUUGCGUAAUGAUAGUCAGCUAAAGCGUGAUUUUGUUAUGUCAGUGUCAUCUCGCAGCUUCUAUAGUACAGGACUAUUUCCCGAUAUUGUGCAGCAUGGUUUGCUGCUAAUUCUUGCAUGUGCACAUGUGCGUUUUCAAUGGUCUUUACAAGUAUAUGAGCAAGAACGCAUUCACUAUGUUUUCAAGAACCGUUCGCUUUUGGAACUGGCAUUGACCCAUCCAUCAUAUCGUACUAAUUAUGGUACUAAUAGCGAUCAUGCUCGUAACACUCUUAACAAUUGUGGUGUACGUUCUUCCAAGCAAAGAGUGCAUGAUCGUUUAGUGCAACAGCAGUUAAGUGCUAAGAAGCGAGGUUUUCAUACCCUAAUGGAAAUCAUGUCGAAAUUGGGUUCAAAAAAAGCGGAACAAUCGCCAUUAAAUCAUAAUGAACGACUCGAAUUUUUGGGCGAUGCUGUUAUUGAAUUUAUUACUACUAUUCAUUUGUUUUAUAUGUUCAGCGAACUUGAUGAAGGCGGUUUGGCCACUUACCGUUCAACAAUGGUUCAAAAUAAAAACCUUGCUUUGCUUGCUAAGAAGAUAGGCCUGGACGAGUUUAUGUUGUACGCGCAUGGACCUGAUUUAUGCCAUGAAUCUGAUCUUAGACAUGCGAUGGCAAAUGCUUUUGAAGCAAUGAUGGCUGCAAUUUAUCUUGACGCUGGAAUCGAUGAGUGUGAUAGAAUUUUUGGUCACGCCAUGUUUGCUGAUUCGAAGGAAUUACUUUCUGCAUGGUUUGAUUUAGAAGACCAUCCUUUAAAGCGAGAUAAUCCAAAUGGUGACCGUCAUUUGAUAAAUGGUGUACCGGCGCUUCAGCUGCUCACGGAAUUAGAGAAAAACAUCGGAAUUACAUUCAAACAUAUAAGAGUGCUUGCUAAAGCUUUCACUAGAAGAAAUAUUGGCUUCAAUAAUCUUACUUUAGGUCACAAUCAACGUUUGGAAUUUCUUGGGGAUACGGUUCUGCAGUUGAUAACAACGGAUUAUCUUUAUAAGCACUUUCCAUACCAUCAUGAAGGUCAUUUAUCAAUAUUGCGCACUUGCUUAGUUAGCAACAGAACACAGUCUGUAAUUUGUGAUGAUAUUGGCAUGACGAAAUAUUUGGUAACGCCAAAAGUUAUGCAAAAAAGUGGGAUGCCAGUGUUAAGAGUAAAAGACAAGGCUGAUCUUGUUGAGGCAUUUCUUGGUGCUCUUUACGUUGAUCGUGGAUUUGAUUAUUGCAAAGUUUUCUGUAGAAUUUGUUUCUUCCCCCGUUUAAAAUUUUUUAUUAUUGCUCAACACUGGAAUGACCCAAAAUCACAGUUACAACAGUGUUGCUUAACUCUACGACAAAUGGAUGGUGGUGAACCAGACAUCCCGGAAUAUAGAACAAUAGCUGUUGAAGGUCCAACGAAUACGAGAAUAUACAAAGUUGCCGUUUAUUUCAGAAAGAAACGAUUAGCAGUAGGAUGUGGACAUACAAUGCAGUUAGCUCAAAUGCGUGCUGCGGAGAAUGCCUUGAUAAAAAGAUCUGAUCUCUUUCCAACGCUGAAAAAUACAGCAAAACAUAGUGGAGUACAAAACAGACGUGAAAAUGGUCUAGGUGCCAAAGUGAAAUGCGAACUGGCUGAUCGGACAAAACAACGUAUGCUGUUCGACUCAACUCAUGUUUUGCAAUCGGACUUUGCAACUGGGUCAUCACUCACUGAUGGUACUCAAACUUCCAGACCACAAAUCAUUUCAUUGCUUGACCUCAAGUUUGAUGCUGAUGGUUGUCUCAUUUAG